CAGCACUCUGACGUUCGCCAUCACAAUUUUCGUAACAAACAAAGUUUUCCACGACGAAAUCUAGAAAUUCAUUAGUGCCGUUGCUGAAGCGCAGGCAGGGCAGCGUCGAGCGUGAUGUAAGGGCUCGUUACGAGCGAGCGUCCAUGUCCGAUUCGCAAGCGAUAGGCCAAGGGGCCAUGUUAGAUACACGUAGGCAUUUUUUCUACCCUGACAGCAGUAGUGACACAGAAGAGUACAGAAGGGACGCAGAAGAACGUCGUAAGCGUCUUUCUAAGCGCAACGGACCGGGCUUAAGAAGAGUUAUAUCAAAUAUGCCACCAAAAAAUCAAGCGCCCAAUACACCGAUGCCGUCUACAUCCAGUCAGGAACCGCCGAAAAAUGGGCAAAAAAAUCAGUUGUGUGAUGAUAGAAUUACUCUUGUGGUGGAUAACACGCGGUUCGUGGUCGAUCCCGCCCAGUUUACAGCUCAUCCAAACACGAUGCUGGGAAGGAUGUUUAGUUCUGGUAUCGAGUUCACCCAUCCAAACGAGCGUGGUGAAUACGAAGUGGCUGAGGGCAUAUCCGCUACCGUGUUCCGUGCUAUCCUGGAAUAUUACCGCGGUGGUACCAUCAGAUGUCCGCCGACGGUCUCCGUGCAGGAGUUGAGGGAGGCCUGCGAUUAUCUGCUGGUGCCUUUCGACGCUAACACUGUCAGAUGUCAAAACCUCCGUGGACUUCUCCACGAACUAUCUAACGAGGGUGCUCGUCGGCAGUUCGAGAGUUUUCUGGAAAGGCUCAUCUUACCAUUGAUGGUGGAGUCCGCCCAGCGAGGCGACAGGGAGUGUCACGUCGUGGUGCUGCUGGACGACGAUUCGGUGGAGUGGGACGAGGAGUACCCCCCACAGAUGGGUGACGAGUACAGUCAGACGGUGCUAUCGACUCCCUUGUAUCGGUUCUUCAAGUACAUCGAAAAUAGAGACGUCGCCAAGCAAGUAAUGAAAGAACGCGGCCUCAAAAAGAUACGCCUCGGUGUAGAAGGCUACCCGACCUACAAGGAGAAAGUACGCAAACGACCUGGGGGCAGAGCUGAAGUCAUAUACAACUACGUCCAGCGACCCUUCAUUCACAUGUCGUGGGAGAAGGAAGAAGCCAAGAGCCGCCACGUGGACUUUCAAUGCUUCAAGUCCAAAUCCGUCACGAACCUGGCAGAGGCGACCGCUGAUCCAGUAAUCGAGCUCGAACCGAACAGAGCGAGGGAGGAGCUCGAGGUCCAGGAUCCGGGGGAGGUGCAGGAGGAGGAGCAGUGAUUAUUGGUACCGCGGAAAGCGGUGAGGAUAUUAAUGGCAUUCUUUUGCUGGUACUCGAUGUGACUUAUGGAGGUACGGGAGGAGGGGUGGACAGUGAUAGUUUGGUAUUUGUAACGGUUGUGUUUAGUUGGAAUUUAUAUAUCGGGCCCAUAGUGUACUUGCGACGUGUUUGUCUGCUGCCGUUGGGUGUAAAAUGUGAGUGACAUGUAUCGAGAUAAAAAUGAGUCUGAAAUGAAGAAUAAAAAUAAUAAAGGCUAAUGAAUCAAGUCAAUCAUUAGAUAGAAAAAACAAAGCGCGGUCGACGGUCGCCAUGUUUGUUUUGGUGACGUCAUGAAAGUCAAAAUAACGUCUAACAAUAAUCAACAUGUCUUUGUGACGCGUUGUAUUUUAAAUCGCUUGUGGCGCUUAAAGCGUAACGUAUACACAAUUGGGUUACUUGGGUUGUCAAUUGGGUUACUUUGUCCAUUUUAAUUCUCAUAUAAAGUGUAGUUUUUUUAUAUUUAAAGAUAAUGUAUACAUUUACAUAUAUGAUGUUCGUGCAAAAAGAAAAAACGCAAGUUUUUAUAUGUUCGUCUUACAAAAUAUAUAUAAAAAUGUUGGCACAUAUAUUUUUUAUCACCGCUAUGUUGAAACUCACCACAAGAUCGCCGUCCCAGACGGUACGUUUUCCUAGUCGUUGACGUUGCGAGUCGAACUCCUAGGGAAGAAAAUACUGGCACCUCAUUGGUCGAUGCUAGAGGUAAGUGAGACGAACCUGGCUAAGAAAUGUUUUGGCCAAUAAAGAUCACGUGCAUAUAGGCACCAAUGACCGCACACGUACAUUUUUCUUUGGGAGCUCGUUUCGUGGAAUGGCCUUAAUGAUAUUUUUUGUAAAGGUCGUAUUGAUUGGAGUAAAAACUUUUAUAAUGAAAAUAAUUUAAAUAUCGGUAUAAAGGCUAAUAUCAAAAUACCUGAACGAUAGAAAUGUCGCAAGUGAAUAAUAAAUUGUGUCUUUUAAAACAAAAUUUAAUUUUAUUUAAUACGUGUUUUAUUAAGAAAAAGGCUAAGAGGGAUUUCGUAUUCGUCUUUUGUAGAAUGAUGACCUCUCAAAUGUAUCUUACGUGAAAUAGCCUACAUAUUUGUUUAUAAUAAAAAAAAAAAUUAAGGCUCUCAAGGGUUUUAUCUUUGUCAUCAUUAUAAAUAAAAAAAAAAAAAUCUUACGCGACAUAUAUUUUUGAGUGUCAACGAGUUCCUUAUAUUACUUCUCAUAGAGGUUGUGUAAAAUCUUUUAAAUGUUAUAUCGUUUGGUCUGUGCUUAUAUGAUGUAUUUUUUGUCGAAGUGAGUUCGGCAAUGAAGUUAGAUGGCCCGAAUCUACUAACGAAUUGAUAAUUCGCAAUCGAAUCGAAAAGUAAUCAUUGCUGUUCAGCCGAGUACCUAUUCUACAAAUAUAUAAUCGAGAUUGUGCUGUAACCGAUAUAAAUAAGUACAAUUGGUACUCAAUUACGAUUUUGAGGUUAUUUUUUGUGAAACAUAGUCGAAGUUGAUUUAAAAUAGAAUCAGAAGCGUAUCAUUGUCGUUACAGAUUAGUAGAUUUGUCUCUGGUCGAAUUUCGUACAGAUUGACUGUAGAACAACAUAGACGUACGUAUUUGGAUUUCAGUUACGAGACGGUAUUUUAUGAAUAAACUAUGAUUAAAUUAAUUUUAUUUAUACUCAUUAUGUGUAAGAAAAGUAAAUUAAAAUUAAACUACGCUUUAGAUAGAUAGAUGGCAAUGGAAAUAUACACGGUUAAUAAAAGUAAUCUGGUUAAUUCAAAAUGGCUACCAAGUCAGCUGAUGCAAAAUAGUUCUUGCAUAAUUGCAAUUAGAGUUGAUUUUUGUAUGCACAUUGUGUUGAUACAUAUAUACGGUUAUUAUAUAAUCAUUCGGUAAAUUCAAAAUGGCGGUAACGACAGCUGAUGCUAUGAGUCUUAUGACUCUGUAUUUAGAGUUGGUUUUUGUACGUUCAUUAUGUUUUUAGGAACGCUUAUUGUCUGCUAGAUAGAUGAUACAUUGAAUAUAUUCCAAUGGUGUUCUUUUUUAUUAUAUUUAUGAUAAAUA